AGGAACCAAAAAAAAAAAAAAAAUUGUUACACGGUGUUAUUAUUAUUAUUAUUUGUUUAUUUAGUAGAUGCCUUUAUCCAAGGCGACUUACAGCGACUAGGGUGUGUGAACUAUGCAUCAACUGCAGAGUCACUUACAAUUACAUCCCACCCGAAAGACGGAGCACAAGGAGGUUAAGUGACUUGCUCAGGGUCAAACAAUGAGUCAGUGGCUCAGGUGGGAUUUGAACUGGGGACCUCCUGGUUACAAGCCCUUUUCUUUAAUCACUGGACCACACAGCCUCCCAUAAUAAUAAUGGCCAGCUGGUUUGGGUUUUCCCCAGACUUAUUUAUUCAUUUUAUUGUCAUUGUUUGUUAGCCUACUAUUAGUAGUUUAACUACUACUGCAGGCACCAACGUUAACAGCUUAAACUUAAACUUUACUGUAAAAAAAGAGGCACUAUAGUUUGAAAUGCCGGUACAGUGGGUGGAGUAAUAUGCAUUUUCAGUGAGAGUUGACCCUGCCUUCAGAGGACGGAGAUGAGGCAAAGAGAGGCUGCUGUGGAUGUAAAGGGAGUUUCUUUGGAAGACUGCUCUUGGGCACCAUCUAGCUCUGGCACUGGUAAAUCCAUCUCAGUUACAUAUGUGAGCAGGAGGAUGAUGGGAAAUGUAGUUUCAUGCGAGGUCCAUGCGGGUACAUGGGAACCAUCAGUGCACCAACAAAAAUAUCCACUAAUCAAAGCAAAUCAAAGAGAUAAACUAAACAUGCAGUUAAAUUAAAUUCCAAAACACUUAACAUUGUGUAAGAAAAUGUAGGCCUAAGUACACCCUUGUUACACAUAGGAAUAUCUUGAAUUUCAACCAAAAUAUAAAAAUGUACAUUUCUGGUUUAUAGAUGGUUGGCUUUGUUCGUCCCUUGAUUACACGUCUACAGUAAAGGAUAAUUGUUCUAACAUUUAUUUAUAGAUCAAGACAUACCAGUCCAAAAUGGCGGAGAUAGAAGACAUAUUUGAGGGAGUUGAAGAAGCCAUUGAUGGAGCUGACGAUGACAUUGAAGACCUAUCAGAAGAAGCACAAGAGGAAAUAAAAGCAGAAGUAGCUGAAGCACGAGCAGAAGUUGCAGAGCUUUCCAAAGUUAGCGAGACCUUAAAAACCUUGCUUCAAUACGUCACAACAAGUAUACCAAAAAUAGUAGGAUUUGUUGUGAAAAAUUUAGCUAUCGGUGCUAUCUUGUGGGGUGUAAAUGUUGUUCUUAACAAAUUGCUUCCCGAUAAACAACAAUCCUUGGAUGUACAGAGUAAGCGUGCUGUGAUUAAGGCAUUAACCGCAAUCAUUAAAAAUGAAACAGGCCUCAGUGAAAAGCUCCUAAAGUGGAUGACAGACCACAAAGAUGAUAUGAUUCAACUGGAAGGAUUUGAAGUACCAAUGGAAUCAAUUAUUCAGAAAUACAUUGGACCAGUAUCUGAUGCCGUUGAGCAAGCCUUCAAAGUUGCAAACUCACUCACGAAAAAGAUUGACGGGAAAACCCAGAUCAACAUCCCAACAGCAGAAGACAUCCAGCAGUUCCUUGCAGCUGCCGAUGCAUUUCUCCAAGCCUUCAGUAAUUUGAUUCAGUUUGUCUCCACACAUGUUCAACAGAUUAAAGAGCUUAAAACCUUUCCAUUGACACAGGCAGACAUUGACUCUCUUAAAACUCAGCUGGAUGAUGCUAAGGCCUUACCUUUGUGGUAAACAAAAAAUAUGUCUUGACUUUUGAUAAUGUAUAGGAUCAAAAGAGACAGGCACACACUGCUCCAAAAGCUUGCAUUUUUCUCAUAUUCACGAUUAAAACAGCUAAUAAUAAACUCUGGAAAGUUAAAAUAUUCAAAACGCAGUUUUUGUUUUCUGGUAUAACUGUUUAUUAACAUAGACGUGAAUGAUUAAAACACAAUUGUUAAUAGAAAUACAAUGCUUGAGCUUCAACUAAACACGACAAGAUUAAAAAAGCAAUAUAAUUGUGUGUAUUUUUCAUUUUACCAUUUUUAUUCUUCACAAGUAUAAAUGUUGUUGUGAUAUAUGUGACUCAUAUUAUUAAGUGGCUUCUCAUUAAAAAAAGAACAAACAUAUGGUGUCAAGGCUAUAUAUAAAUAGCAACAAUGUUGGUAUGUCCAUUUGCUUUUGCCCUUAAGGCCUAAUUACAACAUAUACUAGAAUGAAAAUGUUUUAAGUUAUAGCCUACUAAUAGAGCAUCACAUUCAUGUUUAGUUGCUAUUUUUAAUCUCAAAUAUAUUCAUUAUUUUGACAUAUCUAUCACUAUCAUGUGGCAGUCAGUCAAGGUCAUUCUUAGGUGCAAAAAACAUGGCCACAGAAUGUACCAAGUGGGUAUGGCCAUGUAACUGAGAAAAUAAUGAGAAGAGUUGAAUGUGUUGAAAUGUGUUCACUCUAGAAUAUGUUGAAAUUAGGCCUUUAAGGAGGCAAACAACAUACAUCAGAAGUGAUUGGGUCUGAUGAGCACGUACAAAAUGCCAAAAAAUAAAGAUAUAGUCAUUGCUUUUACACUCA